AAAUUCUUUUUUUUUUUGCUUCAGAGUGGGGCCCUUUGGGGUCGUAGACCCUAUGUUGGACAUAGUCUCGUCAUAAGCUUUCUGUUGUGCGUGAUGGGGGUAAUAUACUUGGGUGGGGUGAUUCGGACUCGUACUCCGUCACAUGAAGUGAGCAGGUACACUAAAAUUCUUUUAGUCCAAUUGCAUCAGGCCCGCAGGAUUUCGCAGAAGAAUGAAAACCUUAUGCAUCGGGAGAUACUGGAUAACAUGCUCACUAUGCCGCGCUGGUCUCGUCUUUCAGAGAUAUAGGAGAAUCAGAGUUCACCAUAGUCCGGCACAACUUGAAUGGUGGGAAUCACCUGUAAAGCAAC